AUGUACGACGCCGAGGACCACAUCACCCACUUCACGCCGCCGCUGGAGCGCGGCGUCGCCUGGCGCAACGCCGACGUGACCAUCCUCCUCUGGAUCUAUGGCACCGUCGCCGAUGAGCUGUAUGAGGUGAUCCGGGGCGCCGACAACACCGCCUGGAGCAAGCUGGACUCGUUCUUCCUCGACAACCAAGCUGGUCGCGCCGUUCAUCUCGGCGCGGAGUUCCGCAACCUGCAGCAAGGCGACAUGCGCAUGGCGGAGUACUGCCGGCGCCUCAAAGCGCUGGCGAACGCGCUUGCCGACGUCGACGAGGAGGUCACCGAUCGCGCCCUGACACUGCAACUGCUUCGUGGGCUCUCCCGCAGGUAUCAGAUCAUUGCCACCGUCCUGCCCAUGCAAAACCCGUUCCCCACUUUCGUCCAGGCCCGGUUUCGGCUCCUUCUCGAGGAGAUCUCCCUCGACGCCCGCGAUCGCUCUGAGGGCACGACAGCCCUCGCCAUCGGGAUCGGCAACAACUCGGGCAAUGGGUCCGGCGGAUCCAGCUCCGGCGGCCUCUCCUCCGCGCCCUCCGGCGACCGCGGCAAGGCACCGGCGGAGCGCGGCCAGGGGCGUGGCGCCUUCCAGAACGGCAACCAGGGCGGACGUGGACAGGCUCAUCUCAUGCCGGGGGGCCAGACCCCCUGGAUGGGAUAUUUUGCACCGUGGGGUGCGCCCUUUCCUCCGCAGGGGCGUGCUCCGUGGGUGCCUCCCAACCCCGCCGGCGUGCUCGGGCCUCGCCCCGGCAACCCUGCUCAUGCCUACCCCAUGACCUACCACGGCGCGACUUCUUCAUCGACUCAUCCUCCGCCGCCGCAGCCGUCGUGGGAUCAGGCCGGCUUGAUCGCCGCCAUGCACAACCUGUCCAUGCAGCAGCAGCAGCCCGGGGGGCAGGGCGACUGGUACCUCAACUCUGGCGCUUCCGCACACGUGACUGGGAACCCAGGAUCUGGCCACCCGGACCCCUCUCAUGAGCUGCAGUAG